CCGGGAGUGUCGCGGGAAAGCAACGGCCGAGGACAGGGCGCUGCGCUCGGGCUACCCAAUGCUGGGACUAUCUGCAGCCGCUGCUCGUGCAAUAUGCUGGAGCACCAGAACAGCUAAACGGAGUCGCCACACCGCUGCUUUGGCUGGAUCGCAGCGCUGCCUUUCCUUAUGAAGAAGACACAAACUUGGAUUAUCACUUGCAUUUAUCUUCAACUGCUCCUACUUAAUCCUCUCGUCAAAACUAAGGAGAUCUGCGGGAACCCCGUGACUGAUAAUGUAAAAGACAUCACAAAAUUGGUGGCAAAUCUUCCAAAUGACUAUAUGAUAACCCUCAACUAUGUCACCGGAAUGGAUGUUUUGCCCAGUCACUGUUGGUUGCGAGAUAUGGUAAUACAGUUGUCACUUAGCUUGACUGACCUUCUGGACAAGUUUUCAAAUAUUUCUGAAGGCUUGAGCAAUUACUCCAUCAUAGACAAGCUUACAAAGAUAGUGGAUGACCUCGUGGAAUGUAUGGAAGAAAAUGCACCCAAGAAUGUAAAAGAAUCACCGAAGAGGCCAGAACCCAGGCUCUUCACUCCUGAAGAAUUCUUUAGUAUUUUCAAUAGAUCCAUUGAUGCUUUCAAGGACUUUAUGGUGGCAUCUGACACGAGCGACUGUGUGCUUUCGUCAACAUUAGGUCCCGAGAAAGAUUCCAGAGUCAGUGUCACAAAACCAUUUAUGUUACCCCCUGUUGCAGCCAGCUCCCUUAGGAAUGACAGCAGUAGCAGUAAUAGGAAAGCCGCAAAGUCCACUGAAGACCCCGGCCUACAAUGGACAGCCAUGGCAUUGCCGGCACUCAUUUCUCUUGUAAUUGGCUUUGUUUUUGGAGCCUUAUACUGGAAGAAGAAACAGUCAAGUCUUACAAGAGCAGGUGAAAAUAUACAGAUUAAUGAAGAAGAUAAUGAGAUAAGUAUGUUGCAACAAAAAGAGAGAGAGUUUCAGGAGGUGUAAUUGUGGGUGUAUCAACAUUGUUACCUUCGCACAGUGGCUGGUGACAGUUCAUGUUUGCUUCAUAAAUGAAGCAGCUUUAAACAAACUCCUAUUCUGUCUGAAGUGACAGCCCUCAUCUUUGUCUGGUCUUGCUACCCAUGACUUUGUACGGAUGAUUCAGAAGUGGGAGCAGAGCGUUUGGCUGCGAACCUGACACUGAACUUGUCAUCUAGAAAGAAGAAUUUACACGGAGCAGGACUCUGGAGGUUUCGCAAGUGAUGAUGGGAAGGAAGGAACGCCGUGUCUAGUCCGCUUGCGCCAUUUGAAGGGCUUGGGAAAUGCCCACACAGCUUCGGUCUUCAGUUACAACCUGCAGCCUGUAGUUAAUUCUGGACCCUGCAAGUAGAUCUCAGCCUGGAUAUUGGG